AAAGAUUAAGGAGUGAGAGAUGGAAUACAAAAAAGUGAAGAGUGAAUGAAAUUGGCCAGCCAAGGAGAUUGGAAGAAAUCACAGGAUUGCUGCGCUUUAUUUAAUGUAAUUUUAGUGUAAAUAAAUGGUAUAAUUGUUACAAUUUCGUGCUUUUAAAUGUUAGUGGUGUACUAUUUCUAUCACUAUAAUGUCAAAUAGCUCAAUUGAAGGAAAAAUCCAAGGAUUACAGGAACGUCUAGAUGAAAUGCGUAUACGGAGAGAAGGUGGCCUUAGCAGCCAGGGUGGUAUCGGGACUGCUAGGCCAGGAAACGUCCCUCCAAACCGAGUUAGGCCAAAACUUCCACCCAUGUUCUCGAUACCAGCUUUUCCACCAAGAACUCCUCAAGUCACUGAUACAGAAAACAGAAUGCGGGAAGUUUAUAAGGUCAGUGGAAAACUAAGUGUGGAUGGUAAAGAAUACAAGUCGAGUAUUGAUGAACUGCAGCAUCUGGGUGAACUUGGCAGUGGUACAUGCGGUCAUGUUGUGAAAAUGUUGCACAAACCAUCUUCUGCGGUUAUUGCUGUUAAGCAAAUGCGUCGAUCAGGCAAUUCGGAAGAGACGAAACGUAUCUUAAUGGACUUAGAUGUGGUGGUACGAUCUCAUGAUUGCCCCUACAUCGUGCGGUGUCUAGGUUGUUUCGUGACGGACGCCGACGUGUGGAUCUGUAUGGAGCUGAUGGCCUCCUGCUUCGAUAAACUGUUGAAGAGGCUAGGAGCUCCUAUACCUGAGACUAUACUUGGAAAAGUAACGGUUGCGACGGUGAGCGCCCUCUCGUACCUGAAGGAGACCCACGGCGUGAUCCACCGCGACGUGAAGCCGAGCAACAUUCUGCUGGACGAGCGCGGGAACGUCAAGCUCUGCGACUUCGGCAUCAGCGGCCGGCUCGUCGACUCCAAGGCGAAGACCAGGAGUGCGGGCUGUGCCGCCUACAUGGCUCCGGAGCGGAUAGACCCGCCGGACCCGACCCGACCCGACUACGAUAUCCGGGCCGACGUGUGGUCGCUCGGCAUCUCACUCGUGGAGCUGGCCACCGGAGUCUUCCCCUACAGAGACUGUCAGAACGAUUUCGAAGUUUUAACCAGGGUAAUAGCAGACGAUCCACCUAAGUUGCCUGAAGAUAGUAAUUUCUCACCAGAAUUCAAGUCAUUUGUGUCUCAGUGCCUAACGAAGAACUACAGACAGCGCCCGAAGUACGUGAAGCUGCUGGAGCACCCGUUCGUCGUGAAGUCGUCCCGCAGCGGCGUGUCGGUCGGCGCCUGGUACCGCGCCCUGCCCCGCGCCUCCGCCCCGCACCCGCCCGCCCCCACCACGCCCACCACCACGCCCACGCCCACCAGGGCAUGGUGGGCGACCCCGAGCGGCGUGAGUGCGGGGGGGAGCAGCUCGCAGCCCGCCAGUCUUGAGGCUGACUUCUCCAAUCACUCGCCCUACCCGAGACGAAGGACGAUAGAUGCGUGCGCGUCCCCUCCCCCGCCGCCCACCCCCGCGCGCAGGGUGUCGGCCGACAACCGCUGGAGGGCCUCGCCGGCGAGUUCAGGCAACACCAGCCCCAUAGUGUUGCAGAGGUUUUACCAUCAGAACCAGCAGCGGAGAUCUAGGGUCGACCUCCAUUCGACACCGAGGCACAGAAGCUUGAGCAGAGAGCACAGCGCGGGCCGCUCCCCCGACCCCCCGCCGAGAACCAACAGGCAUCCGAUGUUAGGACACGAUGCCAACGGCAGCAUAGAGCUGGACCACUCGUCGCUGCACGAUAGGCUGCAGUCACGGUCGCCGCUGUUACUGAGCGACAGUUUCGUGCGCAGGCUGUCCGAGGGCCGCAGCCAGAGCCUGACGCGCGCCGAGCUGCGGAACGGCUACAAGGGCGAGGUGAGCCCCCCGCCGCCCCCGCCCAAGCACCACCACGACGACCAGGGCUGGCUGCACUCGCUGGCGGGGCUGGUGAAGCGCCGUCUCACUCCCUACGUCAAGUGGCAUCACGUUGCAGCGCGCCGGGACUCGCACCGACACCCGCACCAUCUGCACCAUCGGUGGGGCAACAGUGAGAGUUGCAGCAUGCCGUCGUCGCCGCUACCCCCGCGAGCGCCUCCGCCGCGACCCACAGACUAGUCUCCACUCAGCGCGCGUACAAUCACUAUGCUUACACAAAUACAUGGAAAUAUAGCAUUCUUUGCACACACAAACACACACAAAGCAGUUUAAAUUAUUAUUGCUUGUUUGAAAAAACAACGAAUCUUAAAAAUCGAAAUCAACACGAAACAUGAAAUGUAAUUGUUUUUUUUUUUAAAUAGAAACCUGAUGGUUUUACAUUUUACAGUAGAUUACGAAAGGAAUGCUUUAUUUCCUGAACGCACGCCGAUAACGCGAAAUACGCGGCGAUUAUUAUUAGCUCUAUGAGCCUAAUGUAUUUUGACUGCUUGUAAAUAUUAGCACUAAAUGAUAAUAAUGUAUACUUGUAAAAUAUUUAAUGAUGAAGAUGUUCAAUUAAUUUAGGCGUGAAUUUUUACUCUCAAAUAAUGCUACCGAAAAUAUCAAAGUUAAACAUUUUCAAUCGUUUUCGUAAUAGUACAAUAUUUUGAUGCUGGCAAUAUCAUUAGUUUUAAUGUUGGCAAUAUUGUAUUUUUUUGUAACUGGCUUAAAAUAUGAAAAAUUGUGCUGUUUCACUGAACUAAACUACUUAACUCAGUAUGAAUUCUUUUGGCUCAAAAUUAAACCGAUAAUGUAAAACACAUUGAAUUAAGUGAGCCAAAAAACCAACCAAUAAACAAUGAGUGUUAUUGACAUUUUUUAUUAUUAUUUUAAUUUAACAGUUAAUAGUGGACGUCAUUGCUUGAUGUGAACACGCUGAAUUUGUUUGAAGGUCAACGGCGUCCGCUAACUAUGACCUCUUGUCUAUAUAGUCUUGGUACCAAAAAAAUCUUAUUAAUAUCUAGAAUAAGGUCGUCUAGUUCCGACUUGAUCGAAUUGUACAUCUCUUGGACUGUUUGUACGAUAUUUGUAUGUGUGUAACAUGUUUAUCGAUGACUAAGGUUACCGAACACUUUUAACUUGCAAAUAAACACUUUGACCUUAAAUUAUAAGUGUAAUCUAAUAAACACACAUUUGAGUUGAUGCAACAUGCGUUAUAAUUUUAUAUAUCUGUUUAUUAAUUAAUUAUUGUUGAUUAAUAUUUUCGUCUCCGCUACAUUGUCUUUUUGUUUAAUAUUAUCUUAUUUUACACACAGUUGGACUCACAAAAAAUCUUUCGUCAGCCAUUAAUGAACGCUACCCCUAAUUUGAGUUGUAUAACUCAGUAGCACGUACUGCCUCGUCGAUAUUACGAUCUGUCCAGAGCAUUGGACUGAAACGAGGAAGAAGGAAGCAGAUGCUCUUGUGUCUUUAGCCCUCCAUUGUUUCCGUUGAUUGUCAAUUUUAGGAAGUUGUCACUGGAUGUACGAGCGAUGGGUCCACACAAAUUAAACCUCCUCCUUCUCCUCUCCGAGCGUGUCUUUUAAGGGCUUCAUAUUUUAGUUUUUUUCUUCUCAACCUAUUCGAUGGCAAGGUGCUAUUCCAGCAACACACUACUGAAUUUGCUAACACUGGCCAUAGCAAGGGCAGUGCUUCGCAGAAUCUAGUCUCAGAAUAAGAAUAACCUCCUGAGAAAAUCCAGUGAGAAACUCAGUGAGCUAUUUCAGAGCACUAGCGAUACUUUUCGUUUAGGACGAAGACGUGGACACGUCUAAGUAUUUCCCGGUUUAAAUCUAAUGAUGACUUAUUAAUAAGGUAAUCUGUGUGUUGUUGUUUAUUUUCAUUAAUUUCGCAUCUGUACAAACAGUUCAACGACCUUGCACGGUCAAUGUGCGUUGUGGAGUCACGUUCCAUGAUGUGUUCCUAUUUAUAAUAUAAUUGUAAUCUAUCGUAAAUAUAUAUAAAUAACUAGACAAAGAUAUAAAACUGUUAAUUAUUUCAUUUACUCGUUUGUUACUAAGCCGAUUUUAUUUUUAUUUUUGUUUAAUAGCCACCGAUGAGCUCUGAGACAUUUUUGUUUUUGAAAUCAUCAGGUUAAUAAAUAUCCGUAAAUUAAAAAAAAAAACAAAAGUGAAAAUGUAAUGCAUAAAGUGAAUAUAAACCUUGAUGUUUAAGUGAAUAUGGUCGAAUUUAGAUCACUGGGAGAAGGCUAGGUAUGAUAGAUGUUUCACAUUCAAAGAUCCCGAUAUUUAUAUAUUAUUGGGAACGGCCAAAGUAGAGGCGCUGCGGAGAUGAGCUCAUUCCUAUGCCGGUACUUGGCAAGUUGUCGUCUAUCAUCAGCAGGGAUAAAUUCUUUGUGCUUAGUGCUAGUUUUUUAAUUGAAACAGUUUCCCUACGUUUGCCGCUAGGGUGUUCUGUAAUGGAGACAAAAUGAACAAACAAACUUAAGAGUCCGAUCGCCGAAUGUUUUUUACGGAAAAACCGAAGCAGUCAAAAUUAUAAUAUUAAUCAAAGUAUGUUAUUUUAAAAUUUGAUUCAAUCAAUAUUUCCGUUAAUCGUUCUUCGAAUGAUUACACUUUUAAUGUAAGAAGUAAUUGAAUAUGCAAUUUCGAAAAGGGCACAUGUCGCAUAUUUUGUCAAAUACGUUUUUUCAUAUGCAUGUAGUUUUGAGGCUUACCUACACCCAUUUUAUAAUAAUUCAAGUAAUUUUCAAUUGCUAAUUAACACUAAAAUAUAUCUCAAAAACUAAUAUUUUAAAUUUUACACUGCUUUAGAAAAUAAUCAGUUAUUUUUCAUUUCCUGAACAUUUUACAUUUUCAGAGAUGUGCCCUUUUCGAAAUUGCAUGUUCAAUUGUUUUACUUUCUGUUUUUAUCUUUGCGUUCCAAGGAAAAUUUGUUUCAUCAUCGCAUUAUGAAAUACGGAUUGUGAAUAUACCUGUAAUAUAAAAUAUAUAAAUAUUGUAUAUUUUAAGGAUCGCAAUAUAAUUUUUUGAAUUUCUCAAUUUUAAUUAAUAUUAGAAAAUAAAUUAUUGUUUUUAUUUUUAUUUUUUUUAUUUAUAAUCGAGACAUUUUCAAUGUAUAGACGCUUUUUAUUUUAUUACUUGUAGAGUAAUGUGCAUAUUUUUAGUUUUUAUAAAUGUACGACCAAAUGUAUAGAAAUAUAAAAUAAUAGAAUUUGAAUAUAUUA